UGUGUUUUUGCCAGAAAAUGCGGAAGUGAAAUAAUGGAAUUUGAUGCCAUUUCGGAGGACAGGAAUAGGCAACAUGAAUUGAUAUAUUACAGUUCAAUAACAAUUUAUAGGAAAUUAAAUAGCCAAGCGGAAUAUAUCGCUCAAUCAAAUCAUCACGACAGCCGUGUUGAAAUGGAGAGCCGUCGCACAGUAACACGAAGGUCGAGAAAUCAACACACCAGAUUGAUCAAAUUAUAUCAACUUCGGAAAGCGCCACACGCCUGUAGCCUAGGUGUGGUGCAUCCGAUGGUGGGCUCGAGGGCGUUUUGUGUCAACAAACGAAAACUUCCACAUCAUCGCGCUCGGAUUCUUCCACGGAGGCAGAGGGACUGAAGGUGGGACGCCCCCAUGGCCCACGCCCGCUUCCCGGGGAGGACUGCAAACGUGGCCGCUAACCUGACUUCCCCGGUGCUGGGUCGGCCACUGUGCUCUAACGGGACGCCCUGGAUCCUCUAUCUGUUCGAGCAAUGCGUGGAGAAUGUGUGGGAAUACUGGAGCGUAGUCAUCGGGUUGAUCUCAAUGUUCUGUUUCUUGCUGUCUACUCUACCACAAGUCUAUGAGGCUUAUCGCAAUGGUAAAGUGGAGGAGGCCAUGUCUUUUGGCUUUCUGCUCUUCCUCUUCAGUGGGGACCUCAGCAGUCUAAUAGGCUGCAUCCUGACCAGCCAGCUGCCCAUCCAGAUUGUGACAGUAGUGUUCUACAUCUUCACUGAUCUCAUGCUCAUCUCCCAAUUCCUCUACUACAAGAUCAAGAACAACUCAUCUAAAAAGCGCCCCAUGUUGAAGUGGUUGUGUUUCCUGUGGUGUGGGGCUUCCACUGUGGCCCUCCUGAUUCUCCCCAAGUUCAUCACUGACAACAACACCUCUGCCAACACCGAGAGUGCCUCUAACAGCGUGGAGAUCUCUGGUUAUGCCUGUGGAUACGUGGCCUCCAUAUUCUACCUCUCCUCUCGUUUUCCACAGCUCUACAAAAAUUUUAAGCGACAGUCUACAGAGGGCACGUCGUACAUGCUGUUUGCCCUGGCCAUGAUGGGCAACGGGACCUACGGGCUCAGUGUCAUUGUGGUUCUACCAGCUCUGGCCGGUUCCAAACAGACCUUCAUUCUCAAACAUCUGGCCUGGCUCAUCGGCAGCCUGGGAGUCCUCCUCCUAGACUUCUUUGUCACUGCCCAGUUCAUCAUCUAUAGGAAGAACCGCUCCGCUAAAACCAGCAAGAAGAUGAACGUUCCUGAAGUAGAACCUCUGCUCUGUGAAGAGGAGGAGCUCUCCACGUUCUAGAAAACGCAUGAAUAAAGGUGUAUCGUUAGAACACAUGAUUAAAGUUCUAGAGUGAGAACACAUGAUUGAAGUUCUAGAGUGAGAACACAUGAUUGAAGUUCUAGAGUGAGAACACAUGAUUGAAGUUCUAGAGUGAGAACAGUAAGAGAAUUCCAUAAAUCGUUUCCAUAAUGUUGAGUGGAGACCUAGAAUAAUUCAACAAAUGUGAUAGUACACCAAUGUUCCCUCCAUUUAAAUCCAGGUGAAUUAAAGGGGGAGUCUUAUGUUUGAGGAAUGUAAUCUCAGUAGAACCGUUCUCUAUUAUUUUGUAUGAUCUAUUCCCUAUGUUUUUUCUUAUUACACUAAAGGCCAAUAGGGUGUAUCUCAGUGUCACAUUCCUCUAGUCUAUGUUUGUCAAUGGUUAGAGCUCUUGUGUUUUCCAGGAUAAGAUAUGCAAUACACUGAACUGUUCACACAGCAUUGCCGUCUAGGUAAACAGUACAAGAAGGAAUCAUAACAGUGAUUGUUCCUGUAUGUAGGUUUGAAAAGAUCAUACAUCACACCAAUGGUAAUGUAUCACAUUGACUAUUGAUGUGCCACAAAGUAGUGGGCUGCACCAACAGUAAUCUAUUUUACACUUUGUUAUAGUUUACCUUGGUUUGUUGUAGGAGCAGAUUCCGUUGUAAUUGAAUCCCUAUUUAAGUUGUAGUUGGUAAAUUGCUUGGAGUGUUACACAGUGUUUAGGUUGUGAAUAUGCAGUGAUAUCCUGUUCCUUGCAUCUACAUCUAUUUAUGUGUUGCUGCAGUGGAGGUCUGAGGGCUGUUUGACGUCUUCACACUGGUGCUUUUAAAACAGACAGUUCUUUGGCUGAAAUCUAACCUUUAGAUAAACAUCCUUCUUUCCUUAUGUUAUGGCCUGGUUAUGCUACCUUUCAGUGGCCACAAAGAAUGGAAGAAAGGAGGGAGGGUUUUUGGCCGUAUUGAGUCACAGCCUUGAGCAUUGAGUUCUCACCCGUUAUUGUGGAGUUGUGUCCAGGGUUGUAUUCACUAGGAACCAAAACGGCGAAGGACCUAACUGAAUUUGUCCAAUAGAAACUUGUUUUCAUUGCAAAAUGUUUCAACUGUGUGCAACUAAUGAAUACACCCCAGUCUUCUGUGUGUGUGUAGUCACAUGUUCAGAAAGCGGAGGAUCAAGGUUGUGUGGGAACUGUUUUAUAAGUUGAUGUGCCAUAACUUGGUAACAUGGAGUCAUGAUGAGUGAAUAGAGCUUUCUAAUUACCGAUGGAUGUGUUUGGUUGAUUGACACCACAGAUUUCUCUACCUCGUCUUUCAGUGAGGGGGUUUGUUUAUCUGACCCGGGUUACCCCGUCUGGUUUGAACCGGGUGAAAAGUGAUUGUAUUCAUUUUGGAACCGGGCUGCCUCCCGGGUGUGAGCCAGGUGUCCCGCUCUGGCCGACGGCGAAGUCGGCUCAAAACAAAAGUGACGUAAUUAAGCAUGUGUGAUGAGUAGGAUUAUGUGUUUUCAAAUGCUAAAGUGAUUACUUUUGAUAAAAAUCCUUUAUCUGCCUUCCCAAUAAAAACUAGUUUGAAAAUUCAAA